AUGUGUGAGGUGUUCUUCAUGUCCAGCGCUGACUUCCCAAAGAUUCCCAGGAAGCUGCUGGACAUUUUGAACGAGUAUGUUGCAUCAUCCACCACAUGGCGCUUGGGAUGUCAUCAGAGGAGCACUGAGUUUCGCAAGCAUGGUCAUGGUGUCCCAGAGGCUAAGCUGCCGGAAGAUGAUACUGACAAAUCUCAGUGGACGUCUAGCAACACCGACGACAACGAGCUUGUGGAAGAUUUCCGCGAAGUAUGGCACCUGGAUUACGCAAAGAUAGCUGUCAACAAUCCUCUGAGCAAGAACAGUUCGCCAGUCACUUCCGACAGGCCACAUGGUGGCAUCCCUUUCCUGAAAGCAGACAUCGAUUCACCUGGUGCAGGCAGCUGGUUGCACGGCGACAGUGCGAUGGGGGCUGUCCGGACGCUCCAACAGCAGCUCCAAGGGGCCGAGGCGAUGCUGGCCACUUGCAACCAGGUCGAGGCCGCAUGGGCCCUGGCAUCGCAACGACUUACUGCGUUCGACAGCCGCUUGUCGCAGCUCGACCUCAAGCUCGCUGCGCUUUCUCAGAAGCAGAACCAGGUGUGUGAGGACCAGGACACCCUGCCUCGACACGAAACCGAUCUACGUUUGUCACUCCUCGAGCAGCGCUUCGAGGCUCUCCAACAGAGAAUUAGCAUGCCAUCUUCGCCAGAGAAGGAUGGCUUAGGCCUUCGUCUGGCCUCCCUUUCAGAACGCCUUUCAGCAGAGGCUCGUGUGCGCGAAGAGCAAUUUCGCAGGUUGGAAUCCAUGUUUCGUGCCCAUCAGACGAAGGAGUCCGAGCGGUCGCCUGAGACUCGGACUCCAAAUGCCUUCGCUGGCCAAUCGUCCUUGCAGGCGCACGGAUCGCAGGUCGAAUCUGGUAGGCCGGUGCGGAGAAUGAGACCAUGUGAGUCUGCCGACGAUUUCUGGAAUGCCUCUCUCACGUUACCGCGGCCACAGGUACCACUAUGCCUCGCAGGUCUUUCGGCUUCAACUCCAGCGCUGACGAGUUCUGGAGCCUGGAUCUCUAACUUGUCUCCUUCGACUCUCGGGCCGAGUGGCAUGCCAAGAG